AAAUAAAAAAGUAAUAAAUAGAAUUAUUGUAUUAAGGAAAAAUUAAUUAAUGAAUUUAUAAUAACAUUAUCAUAUUGUAAAUUGUUGACAAAUGAAAGUGAAGAUCACAUAAUGUAAAGUGAGAUAUAAGAGUGAGAAUAGUCAUAUAGCACAUUCCUUUAAGAAGGAAUUUUUGCGGGAAUAUAAUUGACUGUUGGUAAUUUUGAUACGCAGUAUACAGUAAAUAAAUAUUAUAACCUGUAACAGAACAAAUUGUUUUCAUUAUAAACAAAUUCAAUUAAAAUAUCAUCAAAAUGAAUCCAACGGAACCUACAAGUACUGAAACUUUAAGUUCCAAAAUGAAAGAUGUUAUUGAUGUAUUAGCUAUGCAACGAGAGAAGAGGAAUACUUUGCAGAAAAGUAUUACAAUUGAUUAUACAAAAAGUAGUGAUAGUUUCACAAUUUCAAGAUUUAUAUUUGAAUGUGGUUUAAAAUUAGAAGCUCAUCCAUUGACUAUUGCUACAGCUGCAACAUUAUAUCAUAGAUUUAUAAAAGAAGCUGUUCCAGGAGGUUAUGAUAAUUAUUUAAUUGCUGCAACAUGUCUUUAUUUAGCUGGAAAAGUGAAAGAUGAUAAUUUAAAAAUAAGAGAUGUAAUGAAUGUAUCUUAUAGCACAUUACAUAGAGGAUCACAACCCUUAGAAUUGGGAGAUCAAUAUUGGAGUAUGAGAGAUGCAAUAGUUCAAGCAGAACUUUUAAUCAUGCGCAUGCUCAAAUUUCAAGUAACUCCAAUACAUCCACAUAAAUAUAUGUUACAUUAUUUACGGUCUUUGCAAGCAUGGUUUGGAGAAGAAGAAUGGUCUAAAUAUCCAGUUGCAAAAACCAGUAUGGCACUUCUGCAAGAUUUUCAUCAUUCUCCAGCUAUACUUGAUUAUCCGCCAAAUUUAAUAGCAAUUGCUUGUAUUAAUUUGUCAUUACAAAUUUAUGGUGUAGUAGUGCCAUUAAUGGACGAAUGUGAUCAGCAACCUUGGUUUAAUGUUUUCUGUAAAGAUUUAACAAGAGAUAAACUUUGGGAAAUAAUGGAAAAAGUUAUGGGAGCAUAUGAUGAAGAACCAGAAACUAGAGACAAUUAAAAUAUUUCAGUACUAUUUCAAUUUCAUCAUAUAUUAACAUAAAUUCAACAUUCUCAUAAAAAUUGGUAUUGAAAGAGUACAAAUAUAAAUCAGGAUCAUUAAAACAAA